CGGUAACCCUGAAUCUGAAUCACAUGGCGAAGACGAUUGCACCGUCGUCGAUGUGUGUGUCCGACCUGGAAUCGUGACGUUUUUUAAUAUUUUCUGCUCACUAUAACACUGGUAGACUCAAUCUGACAAAUCAGCUAUGCCGAAAUCUAAAAGAGAUAGAAAAAUAUCAUUAACAAACACUCGGAAGAAGGGCCUAGAAUUGAAACAGAACCUUAUCGAGGAGGUCCGAGCAUCUGUUGACAGAUAUGCCAGAAUAUUCAUCUUUUCUGUGGAGAACAUGCGAAAUAGCAAAAUUAAAGACGUCAGAAGUAUGUGGAAACACAGCAGGUUUUUCUAUGGCAAAAACAAGGUGAUUGCUGUUGCUCUAGGAAAAGACAGGGCAAGUGAGUACCGGGAAGGACUUCAUAUAAUCAGCAGGAGAUUGAAAGGCAAUGUAGGGUUGCUGUUUACCAAUGAAACCAAGGAAACAGUUGUUAAGUGGUUUGACAAAUAUGUGGAACCAGAUUUUGCCCGAUCUGGAAAUGUUGCCCAGUCAACGGUGGUUCUAGAGCAGGGACCACUGGCCCAAUUCACACAUUCUAUGGAGCCUCAUCUCAGGCAGCUGGGUCUACCAACAUUACUCAAGAAAGGUGUUGUUACACUGGUUGCUGAGCAUACAGUGUGUAAAGAAGGUGAACCACUUACACCAGAGCAGGCAAGGAUACUGAAACUUCUUGGCAACACGAUGGUGAACUUCAAGAUUGAUCUCCUGGCUUUUUGGUCAAAUGACGGGACAUAUGAGGAUUUGAAGACCUCAGAAGUGACAGAUUCGACAUGUUACAGGACAGCACAGGAGAAGGACGAGGGAAGCGACGGCGAGCAAGAAAAGGAGGAUGCAGGGGAAAGUGAAGAUGAGGAGGAAGAUGAUGAUGAAUAAAACAACAGACAUUUCAACCUUGUACGUGGACAAGAAAGAGUUGGGGCUCAUUGAAACAGUUGAUACUACAGCUGUUAAGAAUACACGUAUCAAAGCCAGUGUCAUUUCCCACUGUGGCUAAUCGUAGUGCAUGUAUAUCAACUUUGAAGGGAACCAAAGCUACAGGGCAUAACUAAUGUUGCAAUUUAAUUAAACACCAACAGUUAAAUGAUGGCAUUAUUUGAAAAGAGUACCUAUAGUGAAUUUUUUUCAAAGAUCCUAUCCUUAGACAUCUUGGAGUAGAUGGAAAUUUUCAUGCCAGGGUUAGUUCUUAAAGUUUGGGUGAUCAUUUCAUCAGUCAGCAUGGCUCCCACCUCAAAUUUGUAGUCAACAACCCUAAGCUGUUAGAGUGAUUGAAACUGGGGGAUGCGAGACUGCUGAUUUCGGCAUCUCUCUUCCACAGUAACUGCCACAUCUAACCUCUGGGUACUCAUUCGAAUGUCAUGCUAUGUAUAUAUCUACUUUGAAAUUGAGUUACUGUUCAAGAGAAAAUGUGUACUUCUCAGGACAGCAUCCAACAUGUCAAUUUGUUGAGCCUUUGAAUUGGAAUCAAAACCAACAAGUCAUUUUGACAUUGGAAGCUACUACAUUGUAACGUUGGUUUUAAAAGAAACACUUUGCUUGUUUAUUUCUUUUCUCUGAAUGGACACUGACAUACAACUGUUCUCAAUGAUGCCACUACAGCUGCCUGAUGUCACGUCAACUACAAUAAAGAAAAACAAAGAAUGAAUAAACACUAACAUGUAAUGAACAUCCAA